UUCAGACGCCGCCCGAGGGCCCAGGCGGCUGAUGCGCGUGGGCCUGGCGCUGAUCCUGGUGGGCCAUGUAAACCUUCUGGUGGGAGCUGUGCUGCAUGGUACUGUCCUGCGGCACGUGGCCAACCCCCGUGGCGCGGUCACGCCGGAAUACACCACGGCCAAUGUCAUCUCCGUGGGCUCGGGGCUGCUGAGCGUUUCCGUGGGACUUGUGGCCCUCUUGGCAUCCAGGAACCUUCUUCGCCCACGACUGCACUGGGCCCUGCUGACGCUGGCUUUAGUGAACCUGCUUUUGUCUGCUGCCUGCUCCAUGGGCCUCCUCCUUGCCGUGUCGCUCACUAUUGCCAAUGGUGGCCGCCGCCUUAUUGCUGACUGCCAUCCAGGACUGCUGGAUCCUUCUAUACCACUGGACCAGGGGCCUGGACACACGGACUGCUCCUUUGAUCCCACAAGGAUUUAUGAUACAGCCUUGGCUCUCUGGAUCCCCUCUUUCUUCAUGUCUGCAGCCGAGGCUACUCUUUCUGGUUACUGUUGUGUGGCUGCACUAACCCUACGGGGAAUUGGGCCCUGCAGGAAGGAAGGGUUGCAGGGACAGCUGGAGGAGCUGACAGAACUUGAACCUCCUAAGUGUAAAAGACAGGAAAAUGUGUAGCUACUCCGUUAUCAUCAGGAUUUCCAGACUUCACAGAGAACCUGGGUUUAGGACAGGU